AUGUUAUUAAGAUCACGUAGGAUUAGCGUUCUUCGAAAAUCAAGUAAUUGGUUCAGAUGUUCUCUUUCUACUAAUGGUGGCACAAGAUCACCUACAGGAAUUGUGUUCAUGAAUAUGGGAGGUCCUUCAAAAACUAAAGACACAUAUGACUUUUUAUUCAGAUUAUUUUCUGACCAGGAUUUGAUUCCGCUAGGAUACUUUCAAAAAAUUCUAGCUAAAUUUAUUGCAAAACGUCGUACGCCAUCUAUUGAAAAGAAUUAUGAUGAUAUUGGUGGUGGAUCACCAAUUAGAUAUUGGUCUGAAUAUCAAUGUAAGAAGGUAUGUGAGAUAUUGGAUAAAUCGAACCCGGAGACAGCUCCUCAUAAACCAUACGUGGCAUUCCGUUAUGCCGACCCAUUGACUGAACAUACAUUGAAGGAAAUGAUGAAUGAUGGCGUUAAGAGAGCUGUUGCUUUCUCUCAAUACCCACAGUUCUCGUAUUCAACUUCAGGAUCUUCUAUGAAUGAAUUAUACAGAAAGACUUUGGAACUUGAUAGCAAUCGCUCAAUUAAUUGGUCUUUUAUUGACAGGUGGCCAAAACAUAAAGGCUUCAUUAAUGCUUUCAGCAAGCAUAUAAAUGACAAAUUGCAAGAGUUUCCUGAGCAAGAUAGAGAUAAAGUUAUAAUUAUGUUUUCAGCUCACUCUUUACCAAUGGAAAUUGUCAACAGGGGAGACUCGUAUCCAGCUGAAGUUGCAAGCACUGUUUAUGCAAUUAUGGAAAAUCUUAAAUUCAAGAAUCCGUAUCGUUUAGUAUGGCAAUCCCAAGUAGGUCCAAAACCGUGGUUGGGAGGUCAAACUGCUAAGAUUGUUGAAAAAUUAGAGAAGAAUGAAGAUGUCAAAGGGAUAGUAUUGGUCCCUGUUGCGUUUACCUCUGACCAUAUUGAAACAUUACACGAAUUAGAUAUUGAAUUAAAAGAGGAAUGUAAAAAUCCAGAAAAGGUUAAAAGGGCUGAAUCUUUGAACGGUAACGAAGAAUUUAUCGAAGGACUUGCCGAUUUAGUACAAGAACAUUUAAAGUCGGGUCAAAUAUAUUCGAAUCAAUUAGAAUUGGAUUGUAUAUUAGGAGGGGAAAACGCAACUGGUACAUUCAAACACCCAAGUGAGUUGUUCGGAGAUCAUUCCAAGUCACAAUGA